AUACUCGCACUCCUGCCUCCGCUGCCACUGCUGCUGCCCUCGCCCCUGCUUCGUCCGCCGCCAUGAGCUCCGCUACCCACUACGCCAACAUUGUCCUCGGUGGUGGCACUGCCGCCGGUUACGUGGCGCGUGCUUUUGCACAAGCCGGUGCCACGAACGCGAGCAACCUGGCCAUCGUUUCGCGUGAGGCCGUGCUUCCAUACGAGCGCCCCGCCCUCUCCAAGGGCUUUCUCAACAAAACUCAACCCGCCCGCCUGCCAGGCUUCCAUACCUCCGUGGGAGACGGUGGCGAUCGACAAGACGCAGAGUGGUACAAAACCCACAACAUCGACUUUCUCGGCAAGUCCAACGUCACACAGGUGGACGUGCAAGACCGUGCCCUCACCCUCGAAGGUGGCCAGCGUCUAACUUACGACAAGCUCAUCGUUGCCACUGGCGCCGAUCCCAUUCGCCCCAACUUGGGCGAUCGACCCGGAGACAUUCACUACUUCCGCUCCAUUGUUGACGCCGAAAACCUGGUUGAGACCAUGAAGAAGUUUGAGGGCCGCAGCGCCCGUGCCAUCGUUAUUGGUGGUGGCUACAUCGGCACCGAAGUCGGUGCUCAGCUCCUGAACAAUGGCAUCAAGGUUUCCUUUGUCUUUCCUGAAGACCGCCUGAUGGCGCGAAUCUUCACGCCCCGUCUUGCCAACAUGUAUCGUGAGACGUUUGAGUCCAAGGGUGCUGAGCUGGUGCACGGCAUGGCCAACAAGGUUGUGUACGGCGACAACAACGAGAUUCGUGGCCUCGAACUCAAGGAUGGCACCGUGGUCUCUGGUGAUCUGAUUGUAGCGGGCAUUGGUGCACGCCCAGUUGUGGAGCUCUUCAAGGAUCAGCUGGACAUGGAAGCCGGUGGUCUCAAGGUUUCUGAGCACCUGCAGACGUCAGACCCCAACAUUUACGCCAUCGGUGACGUGGCAGCCUACCCUCUCAAGCUGGAGGGAGGCAAGUACCAGCGCCAAGAGCACGUGGUCAACGCCCGCCGUAGUGCCGAACACGUCGUGGCGGAGCUGACAGGCCAGAGCAAGGGUGGCUACGACUACCUGCCCUACUUCUACUCGCGCAUUUUCGACUUCAACUGGAAGCUAUAUGGCAUCAAUGAGGGCGACGUCGUCCACUUUGGCCAUUUUGAGGAGGGCAAGCAAUACGGUGCCAUUUGGAUCCGAGACGGCCAGGUCGUAGGCAUUUUGGCGGAAAAGCCCACGGAUGAGCAGGUGUCUCGAAUGCAGGAAGUGGCGCGCUCCCGUCCCGCAGCCAAGGGCGAGGACAACGUGCGUUCAUUUGUUCAGGGCAUCUUUGGCAGUGACAUUCCUGUCCAUUUUGAUUGA